GGGGGGAGUUCCCCAGUGACAACAAUUUUGGACCCCUUGUGGUCCCCCUAAAUGUGGAGUAUGAAAUCAUUUUUACAUAACUAAUUUUUGCUAUCGCUCUUUUUUUACAUCCGUUAUUAGACAGUAGCAACGCGGAACACUAAUUUAACCCACACAUUUUCUAGAGGGACGGCUUUAGGCGGAACACAACAGUAUCGUACCACAUGCAUCUGCAAGUUUUUUUCUAUUCAGAAGUUGUAAGAAAUUCCGCACGAAUGUUAUAGUUUAAGCACAAAGAAGGAAAUAUAGAGUUUUCACCAAAAUGAAGAGAAAGAAGGACAUCAUGUCCUUCUUCCAAAGAAAAGACAAGGCAGACCGUGAGACAGAGCCAGAUGGUUCAGGUGUGGAGAGAGCAGAGAGCCUGCAGAGAGAGAGCAGGAAGACCUGUCCAUUGGAGAGACUGAGAGUGAAGGCAUAGUAGAGCAGGAAAGUGAGACAGAUGGAGAGGCUGAGGAAGAGGCUGAGAGUGACACCAACAGAGGCGCCUCUUGCGUCCACAAGCAGUGGACCAUCAGAUAUCAGCAAAUCCCGGGAGGAACCACCGGUGCAGCCAAUGAUGAACAUAAACCCAAGAACUCUAAUGGGGGACCGGCGGAGGAGCGUCAAGGCGGCGCGGUACCAUAUCCACCCCUGGCUUGAAUAUUCAAAAAAAUCAGACUCUGUGUUUUGUUACGCCUGCAGGCAUUUUAGCCCUCCCAAAGUCUCAGAGACUGUAUUUGAUUCACAAUUGGAUUUUAACAACUGGAAGAAGGCAACUUACAAAGAGGGAGGAUUUGCAAUUCAUGCAAGGUCUGAGCGGCACAAACAAGCAAUGAUUACAUGGAGAGACUAUCAGAAAGCUGUAGAAAGUAAUGCAACACUGGUAAAUGCCCUAAACAAGGAACACAACAAACAGGUUCAAGAAAAUCGGGACUAUAUUAAAACAGAAGUACUACUACUUUCAGCCACACAAAACAUUGCACAAAGAGGACAUGAUGAGUCUGCAAAGUCAAAUAACAAAGGGAACUUCAUGGCAAUCCUAGAAACAAUAGCUAAGCAUGACACAACUGUGAAAAAAAGGUUGACUUCCAUUCAUAAUGCAAAAUAUACAAGCAAAGGGAUUCAGAAUGAGGUUCUGAGUUGUUUGGCAGACAUGGUUCGAACAAAAAGUAUAGAAGAAGUGAAAGACAGUGAGGUCUUUAGCAUAAUGGCAGACAAAACAAAAAAUGUUUUUUUUAAAAAAAGGAGCAGAUAUCUCUAGUACUCAGGUACUAUUUCAGAGGAGCUGUCCAUGAGAGCUUUCUCCACUUUGAAUCGGCUGAUCGACUAGAUGCAGCAGCGCUUACUGACAAAAUCAUACACAUAUUAGAAAGUCAUGGUCUUGAAUACGAAAACAACCUAGUAGGCCAAGCAUAUGACGGUGCUUCCGUUAUGAGUGGCAAGCAUUCAGACGUCCAGGCACGCAUUAAAGAACAAGCAAAGCAUGCCUUUUACAUCCACUGCAGUGCACACUGUCGAAACUUAGUUUUAGUGGAUACAGUCAAAGCUGUCCCUGAGGUAGGACAGUUCUUCUCCUUACUAGAAAGACUUUACGUCUUCACAUCUGGGUCAUAUGUGCAUCAAAAAUGGCUUAGCAUACAAAAAGAGAUGUACCCAGGUGCAGCUAGAGAGCUUCAGAGACUAAGUGACACUCGCUGGGCAUGUCGAUAUAUGGCUCAACAUACUAUUAUGGAUAGAUUACCUGCCAUUAAGCGAGUCCUGAAAGACAUAGUCCAAGAACACAAUGGUGACAGAUCUGUUGAGGCACGAGGUCUGCUUGCACAGAUAGAUUUACAAUUCAUUGUGUGCCUUGUUACACUCCAUAAAGUGUUUGGAGAAGCAAAAUUUCUAUCAGAUAUGCUACAGUCUUCAUCACUUGACCUGUCAAAGGCUGUGGAUUUAGUUGAAGCCUUAGUUCAAACUUUGAAUGACUACAGGGAUGAGUCAUUUUUUGAUGACCUAUGGAAUGAAGUGUUGAACACAGCUGAGCAAUGUGGUACUGCAAUACACCCCCCUGCAAAACGACCAAAAAGGCUAAGCUCUCAAUUUAAUGGAGACUGUACUCAGUACAGGGGGUCAGAUUCAGAACAAGAAAAAGGCAGUUUUCGUACAACCCUUUUCUACCCUGUUUUAGAUCAUAUGCUCAAUGAGAUUAACAGAAGGUUCCCUAGCAAAAACUGUGACAUAAUGAAUGGCAUCCAAACUCUAAACCCUACAAGUGAUGUGUUUCUCAAAGAGAAGUCCCUGUUUCCAUUUGCUAGAAUGUAUGAAUCAAAUAUUGAGGACUUGGGGCAUGAACUACAUCAGUUCAGAAGACUUUUAGAAAGGAGAAUACAGAGUGGCAUGCAGAGACCCUCCAGUGUAGUAGAGCUGGCAUUAUUCAUUGAGCCUUAUAAAUAAGUUUUCUUUGAGCUCUUUAAACUGUGCAAGAUAGCUGUUUCAAUCCCUGUUGGUACUGCUUCUUGUGAACGGAGUUUUUCUGCACUAAAGCUGGUGAAAACGUAUCUCGGGUCCACAAUGUCAGAUGACAGAUUAAGCAAUUUAGGUGUAUUAAGUAUUGAGUCAAGGAGGGCAAAGGCCUUGAGUCUAGAUGAAUUUGCUGAUCUUUUUGCAAAAAAACACAGACACCGGAGAAUACAGUUGAUGUGACCUGAUACUGAAUAUGUAAUGCAAAUGAAAAUUAUAAUGGAAAUGCAAAUAAAUUGUUGAAUGAUUAUGAA